AUGUCAAACUUGAGUGAAUGGCACAAUCAAGCAUUUGACCAUACACCACUGAAGUGGAGAAACCUGAAUGAAGUGUUAGCUCAAUGCAAUAUGUGUAUCAUGGAUCCAGAGAAGUAUGAGGACACCAAACAAGACGAGUCUUGGUUAAAAGCUAUGGAGGAUGAGCUAUUUAUGAUUGGAAAAAAUGGUACCUGGAUGCUUGUUGACAAACCAACUGAAAAACCUGUUAUAGGGGUUAAAUGGGUCUACAAAAUCAAGUUAAAUCUUGAUGGCAUAGUGUUGAAGAAUAAAGCAAGGCUAGUUGCAAAGGGCUAUGCACAAAAUCCUGGUUUGGACUACAAUGAGACUUAUGCACCAGUUACUAGGUUGGAUACCAUUAGAACUUUAAUAACCUUGGCUGCACAAAAGAGCUGGAAAUUGUAUCAGUUAGAUGUGAAAUCGGCCUUCUUGAAUGGAGUUUUACAAGAAGAGGUCUAUGUUGAGCAGCCUAAAGGUUUUGUAGUCAAAGGCAAGGAAGAAAAGGUGUACAACCUUCAUAAGGCUCUUUAUGGUCUAAAACAAGCUCCAAGAGCCUGGUAUGGAGAUAUUGACAACUAUUUCCCACAGUGUGGUUUCAAGAAGAGCUUGAGUGAACCAACUCUGUAUAUAAAAGCAAGGGGAGAAGAUAUCUUGAUUGUUUCUAUCUAUGUGGACGAUAUAGUCUACACGGGCAGUUGCAAAUCAAUGCUAGAAGAGUUCAAGGAAGACAUGAAGAUGAAGUAUGAGAUGACAGAUUUGGGACUCCUUCAUCAUUUCCUCGGAAUAGGAGUGAUUCAAACCAACUCUAGCAUCUUCAUUCACCAGAAGAAGUAUGCAAGUUCUUUAUUGAGUAAGUUUGGAUUAAAUGAAGCAAAGACUACCACAACUCCUCUUGUAGCUACUGAGAAGUUAUCUAAAGAUGAUGGAAGUGGAUCUGUGAGUGAGGAAAGGUAUAGAAGCAUUGUGGGAAGCCUUCUAUAUCUCACUGCUACAAGGCCGGAUAUAAUGUAUGCAACAAGUUUAUUGACAAGAUUUAUGCACUGUCCUACCAAUAGACACUAUGGAAAGAGAGUACUCAGAUACAUCAAGGGAACUCUGGAUUAUGGCCUGCAUUAUGUGAAGGGAAGGAAAGCUUGUUUAAUUGGCUUCUAUGAUAGUGAUUGGGGUGGCUCAUUGGAGGACAGCAAAAGCACAUCAUGA